AAAAACAACUAAGCGGCACAGUGUAAAAAGCAAUAUACGAAAAAAUAAUAAGACAAUAAAUUAAAAUUAUGAAAAGAUAACAAAGUGUGAUUCAUGUAUUAAGAGAAAUAUGGAAAGCUGAUUAAAAAUGUAAAAUUAUCAGAACAUAUUUUGGAUUUUCAAUGUUUUGACUUGUCCCAUGCCAAGUGGGUCUAUCGGUGUAUUUAUUCAUGUAUAUUGGAGUGCGUGCGUAAGUGUGUAUGUGUAAUGGUCAACCAAGUGCAUCAAAGUAUCUGAGAAAUAUCAAAACACAAAACAGCUGUCAGUGUCAAGUGUCUCUGUACAUAUACCAAUCACAAUAGCAAAGGGAAAUGCAAAAAUGUCAUUUUGACAUUUCUCUUUAGCAACACCCAACACCAACGACUAGGUGUCUCUUUCUAGCUCAGAGCAAUCAAAUGACCACCUUUGCAGAAACAAUUUUCCCUCUCUCUGUGUGGGAAUUCUUAUCUGAGAAGUGCGUUCAAAUGAGGCGGCUUUGUAUCUGUGAGAUAAACUCAACUGGAUGGUAGACCUUUUGCUGGUGCCUACUACAGUUUGUCUGUAUUGUAAAAUGAACAAAGCACGAAAGUAGACGCAUCAGCAAAACAACGACGGUACGCGUUCUUGAUGAAGAAAAUGAAGAGAAAAUUUUGGAAAUUAUUGUGUGAAAAAAUACCUAAAUGAAAAAUCUAUUGGAAAAUACUAAAGAAAAUUCGAAUAAAAAAUCCGAAUGAAAAUCCCAAAAGAUAGUAGGAAAUGUUGUAAUUUAUUUUUAUGAAGCCUCCUUGCGAAAGAAAAUUUCCUAUCAUAAUUCUGUGAGAGUGUGUGUGUGCGUGGUUUUUUUUAACAUAUACCCUCCUAACCGUGUUUGCAACUUCUUCCAUUGCCUAUCAACGUUGGGUUUUGUACUCGUUUCGUUUGGCUGGCUGCCUGGCUAGCUGAUUCUUAUGGAGGUCUUGUUAAGAGGCCCUUUACUUUGUCGCCGACCAGAGUUUGAGUGCGUGCCUACAUAUCUGUGAGUGCUAGUAGCAUCUGUAUGUGAGAGUGUGUGUAUGUUUCUAAAUUGUUGGUGUUGUUUUCAUUUCUUGUUUCUUUGCAUUCAAUGCCAAAUAUCCUUGCGAAAAUAAGAUAGCCUUAUCCGAAGAGAGCACAGUGCAAAUGAAAUGGCAACAUUGUAUGUGAAAGAUGAUUUCAGAAAGUGCACAAACACAUACACUUACAAAACACACCAACAACAUCGCUCUCACACGCAACAGCAAAUAAUGUAAUUCUAUAAAAUUUAUAGUGAAAAUAAAUAAUAAAAAUUGUUAUUCUAUGUGGCAAAAGAAAAUAAAAGUGACGGAGAGAAGAAAGAAGAAUCACAGAGAAAAUAAAAAAUGCAAUUAUAAUUCAAAUAAAAAAUUCACAAAAAGGGGUGUUUUUUCUGUCAUCUGUUCUUUUUAGUUGGCAUUUGAAAUCAUUGAUGCUUUAAAGUGUCUGCAGAAAACAGUGAGAAUCCGUGCAAUGCAGAAGUGAAAUACGAUAAAAAUUAAUGAAGAGAAAAAACAACCAACACACCAAAUGAAAAUAUUAAAACAACAAUCAGCCCUAACAAAUUACCACCACCAUUAACAAGGCACUUACAACAACAACAACAGCUUGUUAAGAGAAUUAACAACAACAAUAGCAACAGCAGUAAAUGGUGUAACGUCAUACCACUGCCAGACUUUACACCACAACUAAUUAAUUGCCAACAUUAAUAAAUUACCAUUCAACAUCUGAUUGAAUUUCAUUUGUGUGGCCCUAAAAUUUAUAUGAAACAGAAAUAAGUCGCCAUCUUUCCGCAGAGAUAAACAAAACAACAGCCACCCUACCACCCACCACCGCCGUCACCAUCGACCUCAACACACCACUCAAUAGCUGUGGGCGGCAGAGGAGCAGUAGCCACCAACAUUGAUCGCUUUCCGAACAACCCGAAAUACUCUUUUGGUGUGGCAAGUUCACAUAAUCCCAGCCAGCUCUUCGAGUAACAAUAACAACAACGUUGAUGAUCUGCGAAGCACAAAUGAGGAAUAUUGAAUUUUGCAUAAACUCGAAACAAACGAUGUGAAGCCGCAGCCAACUAAACCAAGUGCUCAGAAACUUCACACAAUGAAUAAUAGAAAAACAUUCGCUACAGAUUAAGAUCUACUCUCUUCACAUGACUGACUGUUUAAUGUGAAAUCCAGAGGAAUUAUUAUGUAAAAAUCGACUCAAAACUGAACUUGGCAGCAAAACUGCAAAGAAUAAACUAACUCAUAAGAAAUCCGCAAGACUAGUUGAAACUGAAGAGAUUGUAACAAUUCAACAAACUUACUCACUCACCUACACACACACACACAAACCAAAGAUUUACUUAACGCUAAGACUUCGAAAUAGAACAAAAAACAACUCCUUUACAAUGUCCAAACAUACGGAUAAUGAACAUUUGCGUAAUGACAUUUACGAAAAUCUACCCUGCCAGGCCAUGUUCAAUGAGUCUGUGCGAAAGAUACAACAACAAAAAUCGGCUCAGGCCGCCGCGCACAGUCCCAAUAACAUCAAUCUGAAUAAGGCUUUGUCACAGCAAUUACUAUUGAACAAUAUUAGCAAUCAGGGUUCACAUUUGGUCAAUGUUAAUUUAGCUAAUUCGAAUUCGAAUUCGGCGCCCAAUAACAAGCAUCAAAGUUCGGUGGGUCGGCAUAAUUUGGUUGCCGGCACCAGCAGUCCAGGACAAAUGCCAAAAGAAAUGAUUUAUGCCACGCCGCUGCGUAAAUCAGAUCGUUAUAAAAGUGGUGAUCGUAGUCGUUUAACUUCAGCUGCCGUAGGCAAUGCAACGGCUGGUAUUCCACGCCCCCUAAAUGCAAAAGAGGUGACCAACACAGAUGUAAAAUUAACCAAUAUUAUUGAUUAUAAACAACUGAAUGCGCCACGUGAUAGCAACCGGGUAAAUACUUCAGCGGCAGCUGCUGCGGUGGCGGCUACUAAUCGCAAUGGUAACACGGUGGUACCUGUUACAGAUCUGGAUGAUGAACCCGAUUCGGGUUGUACUUCAAGUAAUAUGUAUGCAAAUCGUGGAGUGCCCUUAAAUUGUGGUAAUAACGGAGGAGGUAGUUCCACACCCAAUCAUCAACUGGAAGAUCGCCGUAUUUUGAAUUUCCUCAAGGACACGACCCAACUGCAAAAGAAAAUGGAAAUUUCCGGAAAAGAUUGUCCCAACUCAAGUUUUUCCAAUUUGGCCCGCGAGGAACACUUCGCCAAUUUGGUGCAACAAAAUUUCCCCCUGGAGGUGGCACGUAAAAGUUUUGAUCCAGAAAAUGAAAUGGAAGCUGCCUUAGAGGGGGCUGCAAAUGGUGGCGGUGGUGACAUAGAAGAAACUUCUGAUAAUUUAGAAGUUCUUAUGCAGAAAAAACUGUCGCCGGACAAGGAGGUGAAUGGGUUUGGUGGCGCCCAACGCGAAUAUGGCCAUCAGCACCAUCACCAUCAGCAUCGUUAUGGUUCUAAGGUGUACAUAAAUCGUGAAUGGGUCUUAAAGAAAAUAGCCAUGUGUUUGGAGCAGAGAACCGCCGGAAAAAAAACCAUGCCGGGUCUGCUGGGACCAACCCCAUCAAAUGGAGCAAAGAAUGAAGCCUUUGCUGGCAGCUCUUCUGCAGCUGGCUUUAUGUCAUCGCGGGCCAAGGCAGCUGCCAUUUCGGCUUCCACCUAUAAUGGUUGUUUGGUUUUGGGCUCAAACGGUUCAGGCAAGACAAGCAUUUGUCAGGCCAUAAUGAAUGGCAAUUCCGGUACACGAGGAUUGCUGAAUCGCAAACUAUUGGCCUCGUACCUCAUCGAAUCACAAAAUCCCGAGUGCCAUAGCCUAUCACUGUUCAUACGGAAAAUGGUAUUACAAAUCCUAAGCCAUUCGUCACUAAUAGCCAAAGAUGAAAGCCAGCGUAUCAUCGAUGAAGGCUUCUCGUUUCUGCAUGAUGAGGUCCAACAGCAAGAAUCCAAAUUGGAUGAGGCCAUGAACAAUAUAUCUUUGGACGAAAAUGCCGAAGAUAUUCUGAUAGCCGAACUCAAACGUGGCGCCAAAGAAUGUGAUAUUGCCGAAUUGGAAAAUUUCCAUGAACGACGUACUUCCACAUCCAAGAAAGCGGAAAACUUACAGUUGAUGAGACAAAAAUCUGAACCGGUGCCUCCACAACAAAUGGGCGGAGAGGAUGAAGAGCAAGAAAAAAAAUGCUAUGGUACCCAUCCACCAAAGGGCCAGAAGAAAAAACCAAAUAAAGAUUAUGAUGAGAAUAAGGAUAACGAUACGGAAAAGGUUAAGCGGCGGGAAGAAUCCGAUAGGGAUUUACCCUCAUCGAGUAAAACUAGUCCCGGACGCAAAUCGAAGAUUCCAGUGAAAUUAACACGACCCAGUAACGUGGCAUCCCCGGUCAAACAUAUUAACAGCAAUUUGAGUUUGCCCAGCAACAAUAACAACCAUGCACCUCAACAGGGUGGGGGAGAAGACAUUGCAGCGGUGGGUAAUGAGGAUUUAAAGCAAGAAAUUCAAGCAGCUAUACGCGAGGAGCAGGACAGGGAUAGUAACAACGAUGAGAAACAAAACAACGAAGACAGGCCUGAGGCUGAUAAAGAUAUGGAGCAAUUUCUAAAGGAAAACAAGGAUAAAGAGGAAGAAGAAGAAGACGAACGAAAAUUACGGGAAGAAAGCGCAGAACUGCGGGAUGAAAAUGAUCUUAUCGAUUUUGAAACAAAAUCCAAAAACAAAACCGAUGAGCAGGAAGACGAUAUGGAGGAGAAACAAACCAGUUGCUUCAAUACUCUACCUCCUCCCUUGCCCAAGACUAAAAGUUGCCGAACCAUCAUUGCCGAUGGCUACUAUGAAAUGCUACUUACCAAUCCGGAAAUUUUUGAAUGCCUAACUGUGGACAAUAUUGAGAAGAACCCCGAUGAGUGUUUCAAGAAGGCCAUAUUGUUUCCGCUGCUGGAGCUAACUCCACCCAAGACAGCUUUGCUGUUGCUUAUCGAUUCCAUCGAUGAGAAUUACAUUAAUGAGGGAAAUCUAAUUUCUACACUUAAGGGUGGCCGUGGCGGCGGUACCACCCACAAAAGUCGCAAUGUCGCCGAACUGCUUUCCAAUCACAUUCACCUCUUCCCAAAAUGGCUGUUCCUGGUGUGUACAACGAAGAAACAAACCAAACAGAUUACACGCAUGUUCUCUGGUUUCAAGAAGAUCACCUUGGAUGACUUGCGUAAGUCGCAUGUGGUCAAAGAUGUCCAGGAGUAUAUCAUCAAUCGAUUGAACUCAGAUUUCAAGGAUAGCAUAAUGUUGACAAAGGAAAUCAUAGAAUCUCUGCAUCAGCUCUACAUCAAAUCCAAUGGUUGUAUUCUUUACCUGGAAAAAGUUCUGAAUGGUAUCAAGGAGAAUUUCUUCAGUUUUCGUGAAAUAAAACUUAUACCCUGUACCCUGAAUGGCUUGUAUUUGUAUAUAUGUCAGAAGUCGUUCAACAAGAAGCAAUACAUGAAAAUAAGGCCAGUGCUGAAUGUGCUGCUGGCCUCCUCAGGCUAUGUCGACAAAUUGUUCCUGUUCAAUUGCCUCAGGACCCACAACUAUACCAUCGACAACGAGGAGUUUGAAAAACGUCUACACCUGAUGAAGAACAUACUGCUAUACGACAGCGAUCAGAGGCGUUUAAAAAUUUUCCAUAAUUCCUUUUCGGAUUGGUUGGUGGAUGUGAAAUUUGCCACUAAGAAAUUCAUAUGUGAUGUCAAUGAGGGCCAUGUCAUGAUUUCGCUGUACUACUUGUUGGUGGCCGAGACUCUGUGUGCCAACACGGUGCGGAAAUUCAUCUACCAUCUAAUCAAGUCCGGAGAAUAUCUAACCAAUCGUAACAUCGACUUGGACAUGAUUCUAAUGCUGCUCGAGUCACGGGUGAAUUUAAAUGAUUGCUUCUACACCAACCACCUAAACUGCUGUUCCAUGUGCGAACUGGACUUUAAAAAUGACCCGAAUUUUCUACCCAAAACCCGUAACAUGAUUGAAAAGUUUUUGAACAACGAAUUGUGUGAUGAGUUCUCGCAAUUGCUAUGCGAUUUCUUCAAGCCCAGUUUACCCACAGAUGCAAAAAUACUGAAACUACUCAUUGAGACGGGCAUUAAUAAUGCCGACAAUCAAACGUCUUGUGAGUCAUCGCUAAUGUCGCCCGAGCUGUCAGAAAAAUCUCAAAAUAUUGAUUUUGAAUUGGCCGAUUUGUUAAUAUCCAGUGAGCGUUCGUGCAUUCUGGAAACCCAGAGGCCAUCGAGUCCUUCGGAAAAAAGUGAGCCACAUCAUGAGAGUCAGGAUGACAACGCCUCAUCUACGCUACAUCAACUUUCCGACUCCAAUCGCAUAGAACUACACAAAGGCAAGGCUUUGAUACACAUUCUGGCCAAUGAUGGCAAUCAUUUGUUGCUCGAGAGGGCUCUCAAUGCCUGCAAAGGACCCAUUGAUCUGGAAAUUGAAGAUUACAAUGGGCAGACUGCCCUCAACAUUGCGGCACGCAAUGGCCACUUGGAGGUGGUAAAGCUGCUGUUGAAUUUUGCACAACCCUGCAACGAUGGCACGGGACGCAUGAAACGUGUCGAUGUCAACCAUGCCGAUCGGGAUGGUUGGACACCAUUACGUUCCGCCUCCUGGGGUGGUCACACUGAAGUUGUCAAAUUGCUCAUAGCCCACCCGGCUUGUAAAAUUGAUUUAGCCGACAAGGAAGGGCGUACAGCUCUCCGGGCCGCCGCCUGGAGUGGCCACGAAGAUAUACUCAAGAUACUCAUAGAACAUGGAGCAGAUGUUAAUUCUGUAGAUCGUCAGGGGCGCACCUCCCUCAUAGCUGCCUCCUAUAUGGGACAUUAUGAUAUUGUGGAAAUUCUCUUGGAAAACGGAGCCAAUGUCAAUCAUUUAGAUCUGGACGGACGCAGUGCUCUGUGUGUUGCUGCGCUUUGUGGCUCUUCGGGUUAUAGCAAAGUUAUUUCCACACUAUUGGAACAUGGUGCCAACACAGAUCAAUUGGACAAUGACGGCAUGUCACCUUUGCUGGUUAGCUCGUUUGAAGGCAAUGCCGAGGUCUGUGAACUUUUGCUGGAAAAUGGUGCUGAUCCCGACUUGGCCGAUUUUAUGGGUCGUACCCCGCUAUGGGCCGCCUGUACUGCCGGUCAUGCAAAUGUUGUCAAACUUCUACUAUUCUGGGGCUGUGGCAUUGAUUGCAUGGAUUCCGAGGGCCGAACUGUCCUCAGCAUAGCUGCUGCUCAGGGAAAUAUUGAAACGGUACGUCAACUAUUGGAUCGUGGUUUAGAUGAGACCCAUCGUGAUAAUGCCGGCUGGACACCAUUACACUACGCGGCCUUCGAGGGUUUCCAUGAAGUUUGCCUUCAGCUAUUAGAGUCGGGCGCCAAAAUUGACGAGUGUGAUAAUGAGGGUAAGACCGCUUUACACUUGGCGGCCCAGGAAGGACGCACCCAGUGUGUACAGGUACUGCUCGAGUGCCUCUCAACGUUUGUGGAUCAAAAAGCCCAUGAUGGCAAGACCGCUUUUCGUCUAGCCUGCAUUGAGGGUCACUUGGAGACGGUGCAAUAUCUCUUAAAAUACAACUGCGAUGUCAAUUCCAAAGAUGCCGAUUCACGGACCACGCUAUACAUAUUGGCAUUGGAGAAUAAAUUGGAGAUGGUUAAAUAUUUGUUGGAAUUCACUGAUGUCGACGUGAAUAUCUCCGAUAGUGAGGGUCGAACUGCUUUGCAUGUGGCUGCCUGGCAAGGGCAUGCGGAAAUGGUGAAAAUGCUAAUCACUUUGGGUAAUGCUGAUGUCAAUGCCAUGGAUUUGGAGGCUCGUACACCGCUACAUUCCUGUGCCUGGCAGGGCAAUCACGAUGUCAUGAAUAUCCUUUUAUAUUUUGGUGCUUUGGCCGAUCAUGCCUGCAAACAGGGAGCUACAGCCUUGGGUAUUUCGGCCCAGGAGGGACAUGAGAAAUGUGUUGUGGCUUUGCUAAAGUAUGGUGCUAAUCCCUACAAAUUCGACCACUGUGGUCGUACACCCAUCAAAUUGGCCGCUAAAUCAAAUCGCACAAAUAUUCUCAAAAUCUUUGACAACUAUACCAAAAAUGAAGCGAAUCAAGCCAUGGAUGCUGCUGCUAAAUUUCAUCAUGGCAACAUGUUACGUUCACCUGAUCAACAAGCACCCUCAAUUCCGGCUCAUGCCAAUUUGGGUAUGAACAUUUUACCUUCAACCUCGCCCUAUCCACCACAUGCCUCAGCCUCAUCAGUUUGUUCGGCAGCCACCACGGCUACCGUUAAUAAUAAUAUGGCAGCACCCAGUAUUCUAAAUGCCUCCAGCUCAACACACAGUUCGAAUAAUUUCUAUCAGAAUACAAUGCAAUCGGAUACCAGUAGCUUGCACAAACGUAAAAGUGUUAUAUCUAGUCAAUCAACCGGUAGCAGUAAUGAUCAGGCACCUCUCACAUUUACCCAACAAUUACAACGACAAACCAAGCUUAGCUCACGCAAUAAUCCAUUUAUGCAAAAUGCUCCAAUUGUUAAUUCCAAGCACAGCAAUUCAGCUUCAUCAUCAUCGUUGGGUCACAAAGCCGGUGGAGGUGGUGGCGGUGGUCAUCAUCGUCAUUCCCAAAUAUUACCCGAUCUCAGUGAACAUCAAAUGGCUACCCACAUGGCCAGCAAUGAGGCUGAUCUGUACGACAUGGAGUGUAUGUCGCCGUUGUAUGCAACACCACCCCAUUCGCCAAGCAGCGAACUAAGUUCACCGGGACAAUUGCCUUCGAUCAAUAACAUUGAUGAUUGUGCUGGCGGUGCAUCUGCAUUGAAUGGCGGCUGCGGCAAUGGACCGAGCAGCAGCAGCUCUGGUGGUAAAUCUGUUUUGCCAGACAAUCAUUUUGCCCGUGAUACCCAUAUGCGUAUCAUAUUGGGAAAUUUAAAAGAAAAUCAAGCCAGUUCGUCUAGCAAAAGUAAACGCAGUGGUAUCACAACAAACCCCGCAAUGCGUCUCAUACGCAGCCGUUUCGAUUCGGCAGCCCAGCUAAUACGGAGAACCAACAAUAUACUAUCGAGCAAUAGCCAAGGAUCCUCAAGUAUUGGUGUUAAAUCGGGAACUUUCCAAUGGCGUAAAGAAAGUCAAAUGUAAAUGUUCACAAACAGAACAAGAACAACAACAUCGUUAAAAAUAAAUAAAGUAAAAUAGAAACCUUUUCCGUUUGUUGAUAUGUUUAUUAUUUGUUUAUUAUUCUCUUUUAAGUAUUUGAUUUGUGAUAGUUUAACGAAUAAGUUAUAGCGAUAUUUAUUUAAUACAUAUUUUAUUAUCAACAAGGUGUCCGUGAAAAUUAAAAACUCCCACUUUCUUAACAUUAAGCGAAACUAAAUUACAUGUAGAUGAAAAUUUAGAAACAAAGACAUAAAUAAAAAUUAAUAAAAAAUCGAAAAAUAAAUAUAAAAUUACGAAACAACUGUAAUCAGACAAUUUCGAACAUAAAAAUUAGUAAUGAUGAAAAAAUAAAUUUAUGAUAUAUAUAGAUACCUUACAUGAAAUUAGUAAUAACCCUGACUCAAACAAAACACACAAUUCCAAUGCAAAAAUCCGACAUGCAGUGAGGGUUUAUAGAAUAUAGAAUUCAUUACAAAACAUCAGGGGUUCUCUAAAUCCAACAAAAAAAUAUUUAAAUUGAAUAAAAAUAUGUGUGUAUGUUUUUUUUUUUUUUGAAACUUAAAUGUUUUCGAGAUGUUUAUAUCUGCAUUUUAUUCAUAUUUUUGGAAACAAGUUGCGUGAACUGUGUAAAAGAUCUUGUAAUAAAUACUCUAUGUAUAUUCAUCGCACUGCAUUUAAUAUAAAACAUAUAAUUACUUACAUACAUAUAUUGCAAAUUUUACAAAAUAAAACAUUAAGCAAUAUUUGCCAUUAUUUACAAUACAUAUAUUGUAAAUUUAAGUUAACAUAUUAUAUUAAUUUGGAAAUAAUUUAGUAGACAUUUUAAUUAUUUAAAUAAUUUUCACAAUCUCCAGAUACAUAUAUUUAUUAGAAAAUACUGAUAUAUUGAGGAAAAAAAAACAAUUAAUGAAGCGAAAUUAAACAAAACAAACCAGCAAAACAAUGAUGUUAUUCUACAUAUUAAUGAAAAAGAGCAACCACAAGAAACACAUUAAAUAUACAUAUAUUGUUUUUAGUUUAACGAAAAAACAAAUGUACUGACACUAAUUAUAAUUAGUUUACACAAUGAAACAAAUAAAAAAAAUAAAAUUUAUUUAAUUAUAAAUACAACAAGAAAAUAAAAUACACGAAGUCAAAAUGCGAAUGCGUGCAUAAUACCAUACAUAUAUACUUAAAUAAUUUAGUCAUUAAACAAAACGAAAAACACCCUUAAAUAAAUUAUUUUCAAACUAAAAACACCCUGUUUAUUAUAUUCAUACAAACAAACUUUUGUUGUUUUUGUUAAUCUUUUUUCUCCUUUUUUUAUUAAAAAAGAAGAGUGGCAGGGUCGAACUUCAUAGAAGGAAAUGAAUUUAUAUCGAUAAUUUUAAUGUAACAAAUAGAUCAAACUGACGACCGACCCGGUCUCAUUAAAAUUAAACUAUUUAAGGCUAACGUCAGGCGAACCAUAAGCAAAUUUCCAUGCACCAACGCAAUGUUUCUAAACAUAUGUAAAGUAUGCUUAAACCUAGGUAACUACACUUUUUCCAGAUGUAAUUCGGAACAUUUUAAUUUUUUAUUCCUUUGGAAAUUUGUAAUAUUUAAAUUGUAAUUUCAGAUUUCGUUAUUCGUAUGAUUUCUAUUUUUUGUUUGUAGCACUCCAUGAUAUAAUUAUUACAUGUAACAGCAAGUCCCAGCUGAUUUGACUCUAUAGUAAUACUAGUGUCAAACUCGAUAUUACGUUUUGUCAUUUAAUUCCAUUUCUUCAUAUACAAUAGGUAUACCCUUUUUUGGUAUGAAAUUUCACUGCAGGGCAAUAUGAAUAUAGUUUUUGCCUAAUAAUAGAAAAAAUCGUCGUUAUACUUAAUAAAACGCCAAAGGCGAUGGUUCGGAUUUUUUUUUUUUUUGGUUAAGGAACAGCGACACCACGUUCGAUAAUAUAUUCGUAUAUUUCAUGUUUCCUAAAAUUGCAAAAUGUAGUAUACUUUAUGUAUGUAUGCUGUUUAGUUUCAACUUGAAAGGGAUGUUGCCUUUUCCACGAUUUUCUGACGAUUGCUCGAAGUAUUGAGAGAUUAGGACCAACAGCUAACAUCUAUACAUUCAGAGGAAUGAUGUGAACGCAUUAAAAUUUGAAAAUUAUUGAAUUUUUGAAAAUUAUUUACUGAAAAUUAAUUAUUUUGUUUACAUUUUUGGGCACAGAACUCUGACACUUGUAUUACGUACAACAACAAAUUUGUAUGUGGUUGUUGUUACGAUUGUUGUACUUCAACACUUGCUGUUACCUGUAUUUUUCUACCAUGAUAGCACUCCAUUUAAUUUCAAAUUAUUUCGUUUGAAAUUCGAAUUCCGAAUUAAAUAAUUAGAAUAAAAAAUCGAAUUACAAAUGAAAAGUUUCGAAUUUCAAAUGGAAAUGAAAUUCUCAAAUUACAAUUGAAAUAUUCAAAUUACAAAUGGAAUUCUCGAAGGUAAUUCAAAUAUUCUCAUAAAGAAAAAAGACUACACAUUUUAGGCUAAAUGAUAAUUUAAAAGGAUUGUUUUUUUUUUUAAUUUAUUGUUACCGUGUUUUAUGGACGAUUAAAAAAGAACGGCAACUCAACAAAAUAUUAAACAUAACAAGUAAGGAAAGAAAGUAGGACAUUGCCGACUUUAUGAUACCCAACAUCACUAUGAAUAUUUAGUAGUCAUCUGUAAGAAAUAAAAUUAAAUGAAAUUUAAAUCAGUUGCAAUUAACCUCAAAGCUAUAUCUCACAAAGGAGUUUCUAGCAUGUAUCUGAUAUCUUGUGCAGAGAAUCUUUAUCGUGGAGAGUGUAUUACAGUUUAGUAUGUCAAAAUGCUUUUUAUUUGGGUCAAUAUUACACAUUCGGUGAAAAAUAGACACAGAUGAAAAAAAAUAAAAAAUGUAAGAUACAAAAUUUUAAACGCAAUCGAACAAUAAAAUCGACCUGUAAUUUGGGUAAAAGUAUAUUGACAGUCGGACGAAAGUAUAAAUCGAGUCAGAAUCUGCUUCUACGAAGAUCAUCAAAAGGAACAAUGGGUUUAUCUCGUUUCUUUUUGCAUGUUACAAACAAAUGCCCAAAAGUAUUAAUACCCUGUAGCACAGUGUGGUAUCGGGUAUACCAUUACAGUCAAACGCGCUACCCUCAGCCAAAGAUUUAAACUCUUAAAUGAGAGGAAUUCAGAAACCAGAAAAAGAAGAACUAUACUGAAACAGAAAGUUUCCCUUUUAAAUUUUACGGACCUGAUUAAUUUCUACAUUUAUGUUAAUAUCGACACAUUGCGUACAUCAGAUACCUUCAAUAAGAUUGGAAGUGGGAACAGUCUCUUGUCUCUUGUCAUCUUGGAGGUGAGCUCUGUGACACCAUUGUAAUCUGCCAACACAAGUGCUGCACAAUUCAGAAAUAUACAUCUUCAUGGGAAGUCAAAGGUCUUAUUAAUGCAUCAUCACAAGAAUAUUUACAAACACCCUAAAAUUUCCUGCUUAAAGAAACUCUAUUAUAGUGAGAAGGAAGGGUCUAUAUAACAGAGGAUCUAUCAUAUAGGACUGAAUAGCAUUUACACUAAUCCACCAUCACCUGCCAUCCAUCGAUUGGCUGGAAUUAUUGAUGGAUGGGUAGAUGUCCUGAUCUUAGUAAAUCAAUAAUUGAUCAGAGUAAGAGCAAUGAUAUAGGAAACAUUUCUUCAUGUCUUUUGAAGUUUAUGCAAUACAAAUACAUUUUGGAUGACGCUCAACGAAAAAAUGUCGGAAAUUAGUUUAGACGAAAUAACACAAUGACAGCUUUCAAGUGCUCCAAACACAUGUUAUUUGGGCCAGAUCAGCGUCUAGGUGCCGCUCCGUUAUCAAUUAUAUUACAACACCCAGGAUUGGCCGAUUAGCACACAUCCAGAUCGUUUCUGCAUUUCAAAACUGCCAUAGGUCUCCAAUGCUUUUAGAGUCGCUUGA